CCAUGAGCCUCCUGCGCAAUGCGCUUUUACGGUCCUCUCGCGAUAUUCCGGCCUCUUCCUAGGCCGUCGUUGACAGAGACAUAGGCCAUGUUCAGUUCCAGCGCCAAAAUCGUGAAGCCUAAUGGGGAAAAGCCAGAUGAGUUUGAAUCUGGUAUUUCCCAGGCUCUUCUGGAGUUGGAGAUGAACUCUGACUUGAAGGCUCAGCUGAGGGAGCUAAAUAUCACUGCAGCUAAGGAAAUUGAAGUUGCGGGCAACAGGAAGGCAAUUAUCAUCUUCGUACCUGUGCCCCAGCUUAAGUCUUUCCAGAAGAUUCAGGUGCGGCUGGUGCGAGAGCUGGAGAAGAAAUUCAGCGGCAAGCAUGUGGUCUUCAUUGCACAGAGGAGAAUUCUGCCUAAACCAACAAGGAAAAGCCGCACAAAGAACAAGCAGAAGCGUCCCAGGAGCCGUACUCUUACUGCUGUGCAUGAUGCCAUCCUGGAAGACUUGGUUUUCCCCAGCGAGAUUGUUGGCAAGAGGAUUCGUGUGAAACUGGACAGCAGUCGGCUUAUCAGGGUCCACCUUGAUAAGGCUCAGCAGAAUAAUGUAGAACACAAAGUUGAGACCUUCUCUGGUGUCUACAAGAAGCUCACAGGCAAAGAUGUUGUGUUUGAAUUCCCAGAAUUCCAACUGUAGAGUGCAAAUGGCAAAAUAAAUUUGUUUACUGUCA